AUGCCUCCAGCAGCAGACCCCAUACAGGCAAUCCUCAGCCAACUCACCCUAACAGAGAAAUGCCAGCUCCUAUCCGGCAAGAACAUGUGGGAAACCCGCGACAUCCCCCGGCUAGGGAUUCCAUCCCUGAAAACUACCGACGGGCCUGCAGGCGUCCGAGGCGCCAAAUGGACCGACGGGUCACAUACGACCUUCAUCCCCUGCGGAAUCUCCCUAGCAGCCACCUUCGACAAGGACCUUGUGCAGCGCGCGCACAUCCUGCUCGCCCCGACAAUGAACCUGAGCCGAUCCCCACUGGGCGGACGGAACUUUGAGAACUUUGGCGAGGAGCCCUUCCUGACUGGGGUGAUGGCCACGCAUUAUAUCCGGGGAAUCCAGAGCCAGGGCGUCGGCGCCUGUAUGAAGCACUUUGUGGCCAACGACCAGGAGACCCGUCGCUUCAACAUGAAUGAGACGAUCGACGAACGCACUCUGCACGAGAUCUACCUCAAGCCUUUCCACAUGGUCACGCGUGAUGCCGAUCCCUGGGCUGCGAUGACCAGUUACCCUAAGAUCAACGGGGAGCAUGCUGAUACUAGUCGCAGGCUGGUCUAUGAGAUCCUCCGUCGUGACUGGGGUUAUGAGGGGCUCGUAAUGAGCGACUGGGGUGGCCUGAACUCUACCUUAGGGAGUAUCCGCGCCACGACUGACCUGGAAAUGCCUGGUCCGCCGCUGCGGUAUGGGCCAGCGCUUGAGGAGGCGGUGCGCUCAGAGGAAAUCUCCGAAACAGAGAACAUCGAUCCCGCAGUAUAUCGCAUGCUCAGAACCCUCAAUCGCGCAGGUCUGCUGCCCACAGCAGCCGAUAACCGCGGGGCUGUCGCUGCAACUACGGCAGAGGAAGAUGAGAAUGUGCAGACCCGGGAGACCACAUCGAACACGCCCGAGUUUCAAGCAAUCGCCUGCGAGGCAGCGGCCGCCGGAAUCGUUCUUCUGAAGAACCGCGAUAACAUUCUCCCUCUGGACCUCAAUCUUACCAAACGCAUUGCCAUCAUCGGGCCCAACGCACGCAAUCCCACCGCAGGCGGGACGGGAAGUGCCAUCGUUAACCCAUACUACAUCACCAACCCCCUCGACUCCAUCUCCUCAGCAGCACGCGACCUGAAUCCCGAGAUCGAGAUCGAGUAUCAUCAAGGAAUCCAAACGCACUGGCACUUGCCCCUCAUGGGCGAUAUUCUCCGCACACCUGACGGGCGCACCACGGGGCUGGACGUGCACUUCUACCGCGGCCACGAGUUCCAGGGAGAGGUAGUCGCAACAACGCACUGGCAGAACUCACUGGUAUACCUGAUGAGCGACGGAGACAUUCCACGCGAGCUUAUCGGCCAGCCCUACUGUUUCCGGGCCCUGGGGCAAUUCACUCCGCAAGUGACAGGCCGAUAUGACUUCAGCCUGUCCAACACAGGCCAGGCGACGUUGUACAUAGACGGGGAGCUUUUCAUCGACCACCGCGAGUGGAGCCAAAUCUGUGCCAACUUCAUGAACUGCAGCAGCCCGGACAAGCCUGGCGUCAUGGACCUACAAGCCGGCGUGACCUACCAGAUCCGCAUUGAUCACGUCUGUGUACCGCCGCCUACCCCACCUCACGACAACACCCUCUUCCACCGCAUCGCGGGCGUCAAAGUCGGCAUGCUGAUACAAACAAACGAGGAGGCAAUGCUGGAAGCCGCGGUGCAGGCCGCACAGGACGCCGACAUGGCUAUCAUCAUUGCCGGCCACAACAACGAUACGGAGCGUGAGGGGUGUGACCGCACGACGCUGGCGCUCCCGCGUCGCUCGGAUGAGUUCAUUGCCCGUGUCUGCGCUGUAAAUCCGUCCACCAUCGUCGCUAUCCAAUCCGCCUGCGCUGUCAGCAUGCCCUGGGCGGGAGCUGCCGGUGCUAUUGUACAGGCCUGGUACCAGGGCCAGGAGAACGGCAACGCACUCGCUGAUAUUCUUCUCGGGAAGGUUAACCCGUCCGGCAAGCUGCCCGUUACCUUCCCGCACCGUCUUGAGGAUCAUGGCUCGCACCCUUGGUUCCCGGGUAACCCGGUGACGGAUCAAGCUACGUAUGGCGAAGGGGUCUUUGUCGGCUACCGCUGGGCGGAUGCCCAGCAUAUCGAGCCCCUCUGGCCGUUUGGCUUCGGUCUGUCGUAUACUUCCUUCCAGAUCAGCGAUGUUCGCGUGGAGGGGGCAAUUGGUGUGACUGAUCAGACGGAACAGGCUACUGUGCAUGCCACGGUUACUAACACGGGCCCAGUCGCUGGGAAGGAAGUCCUACAACUGUACAUCUCGUCUUCCUCGUGCAUUCCAGCAGUGCAGAGGGUGGUCAAGUCCCUUGUCGGGUUCGAGAAGGUCGCGCUAGCUCCGGGAGAGUCUCAGACGGUGCGGUUGAGCGUGGGGAUGGAAGCGGUGGCGUGGUACAGUAUCCAGGAGGAUGGUGGGGAGAAGAUGGGCCACUGGCGAGCGGAUUGCGGAACAUACGAGUGUUAUGUUGGCACUAGCUCGCGGGACAUUGCAGCGAUUGUGACUUUGACAGUCCAGUAA